UUCCAAUCAUCAUUGUGUGUUCUCACAUUUUUUUCCUUUUUGUUUGUCCUACGUCGGUGUAUAACUCUGUUCAAUAUCUAUUCAACCGUCUAGAAAUCCUCAUUUAAAGACAAAUCUUAAAAAUCUAACCAAGACCCACUUGAAUUCACCUCCAAUCCUCUGAACCCAUGUCUCAAUUUCACUUCUCAUCCACUACAUGAGCGUCAAAAAUUCUGUCUUUAUAAUUGAGUUUUUCAGUUUUCCUUUCACUUUCUCUCCGUUUCCGGGACAAUCCCACUCAUGGCUGCUGCACUAAGAUCAAAAUCAUGCAGAGACACGGCUUCUUUCACGGUCUCGCAAUUCAGAUACUUUAUUCUCAACCACAUGCACUGUGGUCGUGUGCUUGGUUCCUAUUCCAAUUCCAGAACCAAAUGGGACGAUUACUUCUCCAACACCCCUUACCAUUUCACCUCAUUCAAACCCGUUUCGCUUCGCGGCGAAUUCGUCGAAAAGGGCACUGGGAUUAGCGAUAGUAGGAGGUUUUGGCCUAGUUAUGUUAAGAAUAGGAGGAAAUCUGGGCAAGUUUUUAGUAUAUUGAAUUCUUAUGGGGAACCCCCUGAGGUUUGGCAACCUCCUGGGGAUGGAAUUGCGGUCCGGCCUGGUGUGAAACUGGUUCGGGCGAACGAUGGUGGCGGUGGGGGUGGUGGGAGCACGGGUUCGGGUGGAGGGUAUGGGGCCAAUUCGAAAGAUGGGUGUUGGGGAGGAUUGAAUUUAGGUGGUAGUUUUCCGACCCCGAAAGAGAUAUGUAGAGGGCUUGAUAAGUUUGUAAUUGGGCAGGAGAGAGCUAAGAAGGUGCUUUCCGUUGCAGUUUACAAUCAUUAUAAGAGGAUCUCUAAUGACCCUUCACAGAAGUGGCCUGCAGGAGAUUCAGUCAAUGAAAAAACAGAUGCUUCUGAUGAUGAUUUGGUGGAACUUGAGAAAAGUAACAUUCUUCUAAUGGGGCCAACAGGUUCAGGGAAGACAUUACUAGCCAAAACAUUGGCAAGGUUGGUGAAUGUUCCCUUUGUUAUUGCAGACGCCACUACACUUACUCAGGCAGGGUAUGUUGGGGAAGAUGUGGAGUCCAUAUUAUACAAGCUCCUUAUGGUUGCUGACUAUAAUGUGGCAGCUGCCCAGCAAGGCAUUGUGUAUAUUGAUGAAGUUGACAAGAUUACAAAAAAGGCUGAGAGCCUCAAUAUAAGCCGAGAUGUUUCAGGGGAGGGUGUCCAGCAAGCAUUACUUAAAAUGCUGGAAGGAACGGUAGUCAAUGUCCCAGAGAAGGGAGCUCGAAAGCAUCCUAGAGGUGACAAUAUUCAGAUUGACACAAAAGAUAUUCUUUUUAUAUGCGGGGGUGCCUUUAUUGACUUGGAGAAAACAAUCUCAGAAAGGCGUCAAGAUUCUUCUAUUGGGUUUUCUGCACCUGUGCGUGCAAACAUGAGGAGUGGUGGUGUUACAAGCGCUGCUGUGGCAUCAUCUCUACUGGAAACUGUUGAAAGUGGUGAUCUUAUCGCAUAUGGUUUGAUACCUGAAUUUGUUGGACGAUUUCCCAUCCUUGUUAGUUUGUCAGCUCUCACUGAGAACCAACUUGUUCAGGUGCUGACAGAGCCAAAAAACGCCCUAGGGAAGCAGUACAAAAAGAUGUUUAAAAUGAACGGAGUAGAUCUGCAUUUCACAGAAAAUGCAUUGAGAUUAAUUGCUAGGCAAGCAAUUACAAAGAACACGGGGGCUCGAGGACUAAGAUCCAUCUUGGAGAAUAUUUUGAUGGAUGCCAUGUAUGAGAUUCCAGAUGUGAGAACAGGUGAUGAUAUAAUAGAUGCUGUUCUAGUUGAUGAGGAAGCUGUUGGGUCGGAGGGACAUGGGUGUGGAUCAAAAAUCCUUUAUGGCAAGGGUGCAUUUGACCGCUAUCUUUCACAACAUAAAUUAAAAGAUUUAGAGACAAGUGCUGAAGGGUCUGAUGCAGAAUCUGAGGUGGAACCAGAGCUUCCUUCAAUUGUUGCUUUGUAAUCUUUUUUCCUUGAGGUUUAUUUCUGGUCUCUCAACCCUGUACAAUAUAUAAAUUUAAAUGAAAACAAUAAUCUAAUAGAUUAAAUAUGCAAUUAUUUGUAUUUCUGGUGUUUUGUUUAAAUUAUCCAGCAACCCAGUCCCACUUGAAUAACCAGUAUAUAUUAAAAUUUGCAAUUUCCAAGUUUUU